AUAAAUAGUAACCAUAUGUUUCCAGAAGUUAACAGUCAUUGUUCAACAUCAACAUCAUCAACAUGAAGUUCCAAUUUUGGGUAGUCGCAGUACUUUCGGCCUUAGUUCUCGUUCAAGCGAGCGAGAAGAAGGCUGAUGGGAAAACCUUAGUCGACAAAAAGGAAAAGAGAGGUUUAUUGGAUUUGGGCUAUGGAGGAGGUAGUUUUGGAGGACAUGAUUUGGGUGGUAAUAUUGGAGGAGAUUUAGGACAUGGAUUUGGAGGAGAACUUGGAAGUGAUUUGGGACAUGGAUUUGGAGGAGAACUUGGAGGUGAUUUGGGACAUGGAUUUGUUGGAGGACUUGGUUCAGGUGGAUUUGGAUUAGGAGGAGGGCUUGGAGGAAGCAUUCAAACUCAAGGACAUGUUAAGCACAUCACCAUUCACAAGGAAACACCUUAUCCAGUUCCACAUCCUGUUCCUUAUCCAGUUGAAAAGACUGUACCAUACACUGUCAAAUAUCCAGUUCAUGUACCAGUCGAUAAGCCAUACCCAGUCCCAGUACCAGUCCCACACCCAUACCCAGUACCAAUUCCAAAACCAGUUCCAUACACUGUUCACAAGCAAGUCCCAUACCCAGUCAAGGUACCAGUCAUCGUACAAAGCAUAUUCCAAUCUACGUUAAAGGACAUGAUAGUGGAAUUGGAGGAGGAUAUGGUGGAGGAAUUGGAGGCGGAUUUGGUGGAGGACAUGGAUUUGGACACCACUAGAAACAAUGACUGCUCUAAUUAA